AUGAAUCUCGGAGGUCCAUCAACCUUGGAAGGUGUAAAAGAUUUUUUGACGAGACUUUUCUUGGAUCCUGAUCUUAUCCCUAUUCCGUUUCAAUCACAUUUAGCGCCAAUUAUAGCCAAAAGAAGAACUCCUAAAAUUAUAGAACAAUAUGAUAAAAUUGGAGGUGGAUCUCCUAUUUUAUCAUGGACUGAAAAACAAGGAAAGGCGAUGGAAAAAUUAUUGGAUAAAAUUAAUCCGAAAUAUGCCCCACAUAAGUCGUAUAUUGCUUUUAGAUACGCGCCGCCUUUAACCGAAGAUGCGCUUAUACAAAUGAAGAAGGAUGGCGUAAAACGUGCAGUUGCUUUUACACAAUAUCCACAAUAUUCUUGUUCAACGACGGGAAGUAGUUUAAAUGAGUUAUGGAGAAAAUCAGAAAAAUUGGAUUCUGAGAGAUCAAUUAAAUGGAGCGUCAUUGAUCGAUGGCCAACACAUCCAGGAUUAAUAGAGGCGUUUGCCCAUCAUAUAAAAACUGCUAUUAAGCAAUAUCCUUCAGAUGUUCAAAAUAAAGUUGUUUUACUAUUUUCUGCUCAUUCAUUACCGAUGACUGUAGUAAAUCGUGGUGAUACAUAUACUUCAGAAGUUGCAGCCACGGUACACAGAGUUAUGGAACGUUUAGAAUUCUCUAAUCCAUAUCGUUUAGUUUGGCAAUCUCAAGUUGGACCACAACCAUGGAUGGGACCACAAACAAAUGAAGCGAUACUUGGACUUGGCAAGAAAGGUCAUAAUAACCUUUUGCUAGUUCCUAUAGCGUUUACGAGUGAUCAUAUUGAAACACUUUUUGAAUUGGAUUUAGAAUAUGCUCAUGAAGCUAAAAAGGCCGGAAUUACGGGAUUAAGACGCGCAGAAUCUUUAAAUGAUGAUCCAAUUUUCAUUGAAGCAAUUGCAAAUAUUGUUAAAGACCAUUUAAUAAUUGGAAAGCUUUUAGAAGUGCUUUGGCUAGAGAUAUUGUUAAAGUUGUAUAUGUUUUGA